AUGCCGCCUCCAAAAGGGACACCGAACAUACUAGAGGGACCUGGGGAUUACGACGUGACCGUUCACGUACACAAUGACACCUACCCGGCGAUUGAUCCUACCAAAGCCGACCUGUCCGGCAAGGUCGUCUUCAUCAGCGGCGGAUCCAGAGGCCUCGGCCGCGCGAUGGCGCUGGCUUUCGCGAAGGCGGGCGCUUCAUCCAUCGCCGUUGGAGCCCGGUCUGACCUGUCGUCCCUAGCGAACGACAUCCGGUUGGCCGCCGUAUCUGCCAAUCGAGGUCCUCCCAAGUUCCUUCCGGUCCAGCUUGACGUGACGGAUCGGCAGAGUGUUGAACAGGCUGCGAGUACCGUCGAACGCGAGUUUGGCCACUGCGACGUGGUGGUGAGCAACGCGGGCAUCCUGGGCAAAUUCGGUCUGGUGGUAGAUUCAGAUCCCGAUGAAUGGCGGCGGGUCCUGGACGUGAACCUCUACGGGCCGUAUCUAAUCUCGCGCUCCUUUCUGCCCUUGCUGCUGAAAGCGGGAGGCCCUAAGUACCUGAUCCACGUCACUAGUGUCGCCGCGCAUCUGGUGAACCCGAUGUUGAGCGCAUAUCAAACGUCCAAAGUGGGCGUGAUGAGAUUUGCCCAGCUCCUGAAUGCCGAGUACGCCGCAGAGGGAGUCAUCUGUUUCUCCAUCCACCCCGGCAACUGUCCGACGGACAUCAUGGGAGGGCCGGAAAAUUUGAAUGAACAAGAAAAACUAGUCUUCACGGAGACCCCCGACAUCAGCGCGGAUACUCUUGUCUACCUCACCUCGGAGCGACGAGACUGGCUGCGAGGAAGAUACAUCAACUGCACGUGGGAUAUGCUCGAACUCGAGGCCAAGAAGGAUAAUAUUGUGGCUAAAGAUCUGUUGAAGGUCCGACUGGUCUACUGA